GCAGGCGGAUCAGUCUGACAGGGUGGGCGGUGCUGUAGCUACUUUAACAACAACAAAAAAAUCUGUGGCUCUUAUGAGCUGUGUGUAAAGAAAGUCUGAGGACAAAACUGAACAGAGUUCACAAUUUCAAGUACACUGGACACAUUCAAAGAAAGAACUGCUUGUUGUGGAAUAACAUCUGGAUGAACGGGGAUGUCCUGAAGAGUUGACUGAAGAUGUUUAAUUCUGUUUCCAGCAGUACGGGCUCCUCUGGGCCUGAGGAUAUUUUUGAGGAUGAGUCUUUUUCUCCAUCCUCCCUGUCCUCCUCCUCCUCCGUCGCCGGCUCGCUGCAGGGGAGAACCCUGUGCACCUCCUGCGGUGUGGAGAUAGUGGACAAAUAUCUUCUCAAGGUUAACGACUUGUGCUGGCAUGUGCGCUGCCUCUCGUGCAGUGUGUGUAAUGCUGCACUCGGGCGGCAUGUGAGCUGCUACAUAAAAGAUAAACAGGUGUUCUGCAAACUGGAUUACUUCAGGAGGUAUGGCACUCGCUGUGCUCGCUGUGGCCGUAACAUCCAUUCCAGUGACUGGGUGCGUCGGGCGCGAGGAAGCACCUUCCACAUGGCUUGUUUCUCAUGCACCUCCUGUAAGCGCCAGCUGACUACUGGAGAGGAAUGUGGACUACUGGAAAACAGAGUUUUCUGCAAGCCACACUACGAUAUUAUAAUGGAGAACAUCAAACGUGCUAAGGAAAACGAGAAACUAAAUGCUGUGGCUGUGGUGGCAGAUAAAGAAGGAUCCAACACUGGUCCCAGACCUCCUAAGAGGGCCAGGACAAGCUUCACUCUGGACCAGUUACAGGUAAUGCAAACACAGUUUGCUCAAGAUAACAACCCAGAUGCCCAAACCCUGCAGAAGCUGGCCGAACGGACAGGCCUCAGUCGCAGAGUUAUUCAGGUGUGGUUUCAGAACUGCCGAGCUCGUCAAAAGAAACACCCAAAUUCUGGUCCUGCAACACUGACAUCAGUAGCUCCUGGUCAGCUCACACCACCUUUACUGGACGAUCUGCAAUAUGCAACGUAUAUUUCACCUGAUGCAUCAUUUCUCACAUCACUGACUUACAUGGAUGUCCAGACAUCUGACUCACUUUUGCUCCAGCCCCUCAUGUCUCAUUCACUGACACAGCUACCUGUCAGCCACGCCUGAACUACAGCCCGCCUCAGAAAAGCACUGUGGAUUACUGAGAGGAAGAGGAAAAGCAGAUAGUUAGUAUUUGAAAACUAUACUGUACAUUUUGUCAGUCUUCAGAAAAUAGCAAUUUAUUUGAUUUUUAUUUUAUUUUACCAGUGCAUAAGCAUUGGUAAUAUUAUUACCAAUGCAGCAUCAGUCACACAUGGAUUGUUAGAUGAAUAAUUUUUGACAUUUGAAAAUUCUGAGUAAACUGAUUGAGAUGAAAUUUCUGUUGUACAUUGAAAUGAAUUUCUUAAAAUUUAAUUUAUUGGGUCUGUAUAAGGCACUUUGUUAACUGAUGUGUAGAUUUGUUUUUCAAGAAAAUGUAUGUAUAUAUUUGAGAAAUGGCAUGCGAGGAAAAAAAACAAUUUGUUUUGUGUAAAAACUACUUGUCAGGUUCAUUAUUUGAUUUGGUUAAAAAGCAUCACUGUGGGGUUCUUAGAGAAAUCUUCUGUUAACUGCUGUAUUGUUGACACAAGAAGUGCAUGUGCAGUCACUGCUGAUUAUGGGCUGCUUUCCCAUGUGCAAUGUCCAAGGCUGCUGUCCUCUACACACAUCUCACAUUACUACUUUUGUAUGAAAUUGAAAUAUUUGUUAUAACAAAACAGUCUCCUUACAUAGUGAAUGUUGGUCAUCACAGAUUGAAGUACACAUGAGGAGUGGAUGAUACCAGAAAUUAAAGUUAGUGGUUGCAUCACAAAGCUUUAUUGGUAUACUCGUAUGUUGUUUCCCCUGAUUUGUCUCCUGCAAACAAAAAUAAUCUUCACUGGGACAUUUCUUAAUGAUGUCUUAGUACAGGAUUUACAC